AUGCAUCAGCGCGCUGCUCGAUUCUCUCGGCAGCUGAAGCUCCUCAGCCGCGGGCUACAGCAGCAGGGUGCGCUGUCCUCCCGCCGUCGUGCAUUCCAGGCGAAGACAGUCGGCGAAAAGCUUCAGUCAUCGCUUGUCUGCCUUGCUGCUGUCGCCGUUGCCCCGGUCCCUGGAUCCAGCGAGAUGUGGCUGGCGACCACUACCAUGAUGUGGUUGGACAAAGACCAAGCAUGGCAGCAUGUGGUGUACGAGCAUCCUCGAGACGUGGACACCGACACCAUCUUGGAUCAGUUUCAGUGCCGAUCGAGCAAGGCCUUGCUCAGCUUACAGUAG